CACAAGUCGACCGAUUCCAUUUUUCCUGAUUUCGUAUCAAUCAUCAAAGAAUAUAUUGCAAGUAAACUAAAACCAACAUUAUUGUGAGUCAAAAUUAGAAAGCGCCCCAGUGGGUGUACAUCCGUUAGUAUGAAGGGAGUGCAGUGCUUGUUUUAUGCCAAAAAAGCCCCGUGUAGAUGUGUCGACUAAGCUGUAUGUUGUUAUGUUAGUGAUUUAUCCAGUGAAUUUAUGAAGUUGCGUUGGUGUUGAGGCAGCAAUAUGCACGAAUUGCUGAAACAUGUGCUGACGGAGCGGGAUUUGACCCGGGCAGGGGAUAUAUUUUCCAUUCCAGAUGCUGAUAUUGUCAAUGAUUUAAACGAAGUUCUGAAACAAAUAACCGAAAUAUCAUCAAGGGCCGAUUACAUUAGGAAUGACCGUGAUCAGGCACUCAUAGAGAUAUGUGUCACUAGAGUUACAUCAUGUAUAAAAGAGACGGGUACUCUAGAGAAAUACUGCUGCUCCCUGGUGGCAUUGCUGGAGUCUUGUCUACACCACAACCUCAUGCCGGUCGGCCAUCUGAGGGACGAUGAUCCACCUCAUGCUAAGAUAGCAUCAGAUAUUAUUGCUUGUAUUGUACUGGUAUCAUUUCCCCUCCAAGCGGACAAGGAAGCCAGCGGUAACGAGGAAGUGAUGGAACUGUUCCUACCAGUGGCCGUGCAGUUCCUCCACAAGGGUAACCGUGAAAUAUCACGUCACAUGGCAAGAUAUUUAUCACUUGCUGCUCUUCAUCACGCUGUACUGCUGAAGCCUCAUGUGCAAACCAUUAUGGAUUCUAUCAUGUCAGGUAACUAUCCGCUGUGCCGUAUCCUGACCAACCUGUACGAGGUGUGUCCUGAGCCUCUGGAGGGUCACGUGACGGCGCUGGUGUCUCUCCUGCCGCACGCUGAGCCCGUGGAGAAGAGCUCGCUGUUCGCUCUCUUCGAACAGAUAGCAUCUAGACGACCCGAAGCUCUCAAGACCGCCAUACCACAACUGCUGUCCUAUCUGUGCCCAAACACCACCAGCCAGAAGGACCCUGGCUGUAUGUGUGUAGACGUACUGCAGGUGAUAGGGCGCGUGUCGUCAUCUCGGGCGUCGUUGGUGGCGGAGCACAGCGCGGUGGUCCGGGAGGCGGCUCGGCCUCCGCACGCCUCGCCCCGGGCCGCCGCCCUCGCCGCCGCCGCUCUAGCAGCACUCGCCGGAACCGGAAGAGUCAGUAUACAGACAGAGCGUGCCCAAGAGGCCCUGAACUUCAUAGUGGAGCGCCUGUCAGCUGCCGAGGGUGUGGAACAGGCGGCGCUGCUUCGCGAGGCCACCGCCUUAUGCAGCGCCUACCCCGCGCUCUUCACAGACAGACUCCUAGCUGCUCUGAGACCCAACAGUAACCGUCCGAAGUCAACGCACGGCGAGGUGAAUCGCACUUCGACUGGGGUGACCAUCGUUAAGCUGGGAGGUCAGACGACUGUCACGAGUCCGAGCACGGGGGCUGCGACGACCACGACCCUGACGGUCACAGGGCCCGUGGGGUACACCAGACGAGCCAAGCUGGGGGACUCCAGGAGCACCGGCAGGUUACACCCCGGACCCAACUCACACAGGAGCAUGACCAGGCUGAAUGUCGCCGGAGGCUCCGUGGGCGGUCUGCACAAGAGUAUGACCCGGCUGUCCUCGUCCCAACAUAUCAACGCACAAAAUCCUCCGCAAAUAGUGGGGAGCAAGCCGUCCAGCAAGCCCAAUGUGGUCUCCAGCGCGGGAGUGACCGUCAGCGUGUCUCCUCCGCUGGCGCCGCGACCACGGCAUCUGCAUCACAACAUACUCAUAGGACCCAGCACGGCAUCAGGAGCUACGAUAGUUUCAGGAGCGUCUCCGCCGCAGCCGGUGUCGAUGAUCGCCCUCAACAAGGACAAGUCCUCGGACGCGUCGGUGUCGUCCCCGGCCGUCAUGUCGACCGCCAGCGGAGCCCUGCCGAGCUCCCCGUCCUCGGGCGCUCCGGUCACGGUGACGUCCCGCCGCGCCAACAACACCAGCGUCACCAUGAUCAACUCCAGCCAGUCCAGCCACAGGAUCAGCGUGUUCGAGCCCUACCCCAUGAGGGACACCGUCCAACACUUCUGUGAGAAACAUCUGGACAAGAUCAAAGCGUACAUGGACAACGUCUCGCUCAGGAUACCUCCGCCCGCCAAAUGUACCAUCGAAGAGCGGCGGUCUAAGAAGCAGGCUCGCUUGUCUUUCGCGUGCGGCACGCGCGGACCGCACUGCCUGUACGCACACGCCGCCUUCUCCCUCCGCACUCGCCUGCCUCGCGUGUGGAUCCACCUGAUGUUUCUGGCGCUGCAGGCCCGCCACGCGGCCGCCCUGUCCUCGCGCGACCCAACCGUGGCCAGCCUCAAGCACUGCUGGGACAUCCUCAAGUGUGAGAACCGCACGUUCCUCACGCUGGUGACGGGCGCCUUCCCCGCACUCAAAGACCAGGAGCUGAUUGUGGACGAGCUGAGGGCUGCGGGUUUCUUUGACGUGUUCGAGGUGAGCCCCCGCGCGAUCUGGGGCUGCUUCCUGUGUCACCACCCCGAGAGAGCUGGCGGCUUCUUAGGGGACGGAGCUCCGGUCAUCGAGGGACAGCUGAGGGAGAAGAAGGGACGCUGGAGGCUGUUCCGGAGGUGGCGCACCAGAUACUUCACCCUGUCCGGGGCGCACCUGUCCUGUAAGGGAUCUAGCGGCGGCGAGAGCAUAGACAUCAACCAGAUCAGGUCGGUGAAGGUGUCGCGAGGGGCGCGGAACAUACCGAAGGCGUUCGAGAUCUUCACCGGAGACCAGACCCUGAUCUUGAAGCCCAAGGACGGCAAGAACGCGGAACAGUGGGCCCAGUGCCUCAGUAUCGCCGUGGCCCACUCCCACGCGAGGGACACGCCCGCCAAGGCCAACAGCUUACCAGCGAGAGGACUCACACUCAAGAGCUUCUGAUGUAUGACACGUUGUGGAUUAGCUUCGUAGCAUAACAAAACGCGCAAUUGCUAUAAUACUGGUACUUUUGACAAUUUUUAUUAUUUAAGACGUGAGUAACUACAGGUGAGUGAGUACUAACUCGACGUAAUAAUAGAUUAUUUGACUGAUCUUUGAUAUGAAUUGAUUCCAGGGAUUGUUUUGACCUAAGCUAUACCGAUAACAGCUCAAUUAUAAUAUAAGGUAACUUGCGUAGUCGUUGAAGUACUUAAAUACACUAGCUAGCAUUGCCAGUACGUGCCUUUUAUAAUUUUAAAACUUUCUGAGGGUACUCAUAAAGUGCAGGUUAACAAACUCCGUUCAAGAUGGCCGCCCUCGGUUGUAAUGAUAUUGCUAAUAUAAUUGUUUUAUAUAUUUUUAAAACAAUAAGAAUUUUAAUUCUGUAAAGACGUUGAACCAUUUAAUGUUAGUGUUGUGAAGUACAAGAUUUAUAUAAUUUUUCUUAAUAUAUCGUUGUUGGCGAGUCAAUUUAUAAAAUUGAGAGUUGUUUUUUUUUUUUGUAUAAUAAAUAUUAAUCUGUAUUUAAGCGAUUUUGUAAACUAUUUUAUUCAUAUUGAGAUGUUCUAUGGUCGAAGACUGAGUGCUGGUCACAGUUGUACUUAAAAUGACUACAGUGGGAAUUAAGCUUUAUAUGGAACGAUGGACACUUAUUUAAUUAUUUUUUUUAUAUUACUUAAUGAUUAUUACAAAGUUGUCAUAUACAAAAAUAAAGUUUCGAAGUUUAGCGAUUCAUGAGACAUAAUAAGCCUUUUUAUUGAUUCUUCGCAUAAUAAUAUUCUUACUAUAAAUAUUAAUGUAAAAAACUUGCCGUUACGUUUUUAUAUAAAACAAAAAACAAUUUUUGAGAAUCGUUUCAUCUAUAAAUGGCUACAUAUAUAAGGAGUGAAAUUUAAAAUGGCCGACAAUUUUUUUUUUUAAUUUGUCGGCGGUAAAAAAAAAUAUUUUUAAUUUAUAUUUUUAAUAAAAUUAACAUUCCGAUUGUUGUGAAAAUAUUUGGUCUCAAAACAUGAAUGGUUGUUAUAAAUUAUAAUUUUUUUUUUAAAUAUAUUAUCUGUGACGCGUUUGUAAGUGGACGGCGUCGUUGUUAUAUGACUUUUAUGAACUAUGAAUGCGUAUAAACUUUUGUAUGUUUCAAUAUUAUAAUCUUAUCUAUUUCCAUGAUGUUUAACGGCUGUUUUCAACAAGUUAUAGUGUUAGUGUUGUUCUGUAAUAUUUAAUUGACAAAUAGAUUUUAAUGAAGAUUGGAAUAAAUUUGUUUCCACAGAGGUAAUGGUGACGAAGCUUAGUUUUACCUAUUAAAAUGUUUCCCACCGCCGCGCCGCGGGCGUUCGUUUCGUAUUUUUGAUAUAUUGAUAUGUACUCAUGACAGUUGGUGCUACUUGCAAUACCGUACCUUGAAACCCGCGCUGGAAGAGCGUGAUGACAUUUGAUUCAUUCUAAACGACUUAUUUAUUACAAUAAAGUUAUGUUUUGAAAUUUUU